AAUGAACGCUAUCAGUUAUAACUAACACUUUAUUGUAUGGAGACGCGUGUGAUGUAUGAAGUAGUGGAAUUGCUAGCGGAACAUUGGAACAGUGAGUCAUGGGUGUGCCGAUGGUGAAGAACUGCUGCUGCUGCGGGACCUUGCACACGGGGACUCUUAUCAUAGGAUAUGUUUAUAUUGUAUGGUCUCUCUUAGACCUCACCGGGUACUGCCUGCUGGUGACCCUCGCCCCCCUAGGCAAGGAGGGGACCGUAUCAGCACAUCGUUUCGUGCUGUACGUCACAGCUGCUACUGUUAGUGGCAUUCAUCUAUUGUGCUCAAUACUUCUUAUUGUUGCUGCGUAUAAGAAACUUCCAUCCCUAACAUUACCAUGGACGAUAGUAACGGGCAUUAUAACGGCGCUGUUCUUUGUCAUGUGCCUUACCGGCCUUAGCCUCAUCCUGCAGGACUCGGGAGAGAUGCUGGAGAUAGAAUCUGUGGUUAUUGCCGUGCAUUUCGCUAGAGCUUGCAUUUCGGUUUACUGCAUUGUGGUUGUGCACAGUCGUCACAAACAGAUCAUGUAUGAAGAAGACGAAAUACGGUUUCAACAUUCAGCCAGAAUAUACCAUCCUGUGAAAACAUCCGAUCAUCCAAUAUAGUUUAAAUGAUUUUUUGUUGUUGU